GGCGUGGUCAGGCACACCUGUAGUCAGCCCCUAAGUAGGCGAGUGUUAAAAGGCUUUGGAUGAGCCUCCAAUGUGGAGUCAAAGUUGAGGGUCAUGGCCUGGGUCUGUUCUUCAGGUAUCAGGUUUCCUCAGGCCCAUACAGGUCCACUAGAGAGGAUGAGCUCCUGGGCUCCAGAUGCAUGGUUUUAAAGACCAGCUCUGUUGAGUGAGAUAAUGAUGGGAUUCUCUCUUUUGGUGCCUUCUGCGACAGCCCACUGUCUGUGUAGUAGCUAUGUACACCUUUCUCCAUACUGUGAGUCACUGUGUUUCUUAUGGUAACCCCUGCACAGUCCUUGCUAUACUAUACUGUAGAGGAGUGGCGACAGAUGGAAUAGUCUGUACAUGGAAUAGUCUGUAUUGCAGAUGCAAUAUUUAAUCAGAGUUUCUAGUAGAGGGCUGGCUGGGGAACUGACAGGUCCAGGUGGUUGCCUAAACCCACCACCCAGUGGCCUCCAACACUCUCGUCUGGGCAUUUUCUCUCCUCUGCUAAUUGCAAAGCCUUUGAGUGCAGGAUGGCAAUAUGUGUUGUCCCUUGCCCCCUAUCCCUGCCCUGUUGUAACCCACUGUUCCCUUUGUUCCAGUGCCAGGACUACCGUGGUGGCUGGCUCACAGGUGCCCUGUGCGAGGACUUGUGUGUGGCUGGGGAGCUGCUGUACCAACGCUGCCUGUAUUAUGAGCGUGGCAAGAAGGUGCUGCAGGCCCAGUGGAGAGGCCGGACUGUGGUCCUCAAAUCCAAGAGGGAGGCUUUCUCCAGCUUUCCAACCCUAACUCUGCUGGAGGAGGAAGUGGGGCCAGGUGCCCCAGGCAUCCCCGAGGCUGAGCUGCUCCUGAUGGUGGCUGGGGAGGUCAAGAACACGCUAGGCUUGGAGCUGCCCAACAACAGCAUAGGGCCCCUGUGGCCUUCCAGGCAGGGUCCUGGCUGGCGGCAACAGCUGGCCAGUGCAUGGUCACUGCUCCAGCAAGAGGAAUAUGUGUACUUCAGCCUGCUGCCAGAUCUGAGCCGCCACAUCCUGCCCGUGCUGGGAUCCUGUGGCCACUUUUACGCAGUAGAGUACUUGGCAGCCGGUAGCCCUCACCACAGGGCUCUCUUCCCGCUGGAUGAUGUUGACCAGGCACAGGCUAUCAGCCACAUAGCUCUCAGCUUCCUGGACAUGGUGAGCCAUUUCGAAAGUGACUUCUCCCACCGCCUCCACCUCUGUGAUGUCAAGCCUGAGAACUUUGCCAUCAAGAGGGACUUCACGGUGGUAGCUAUUGACGUAGACAUGGCAUUUUUUGAGCCUAAGAUGAGGGAAAUCCUUGAGCAAAACUGCACGGAAGAUGAAGAUUGCAACUUCUUUGACUGUUUUUCCAAGUGUGAUUUUCGAGUGAAAAAGUGUGGAGCCCAGCGCGUCAACAGCAACUUGCAGGUCAUCUGUGAUAAAAUAUUUCGACACUGGUUCUCUUCAACUCACAGGAGCCCUGCCAUCUCCCCACAGCUGCGGCUGCAGUUACAGCAGGCUGUUCAGGAGUGUGCUCACCAUGGGGGUCCCUCAGGAAACUCCAGGACUGCCUCCUCCAGUGUGUUCUGGAAGCUUCGGUGGCUCCUGCAGGCCACUCUGAGAGAGCUGCAGGAGGUGGAGAAGUAGCUGCUUUCUUGCCUUAGUCAUCAAGAAUGGAUAGAGGAAGUGACCUUUGAGUGAUUUCUUCUGUAGUUGCCAUGCAAAUGCGCUGUCUGCACCGUUGACAUGGCCUUUUGAAGUGUGCAAUUAACUUCCCCUUCUGUGGCUGUGAUGUGGAUUACCCUUGCUCCUGCCCAGCUUGGUUUGAUCUUAUUUGGUGCUGACUUCUGUCCUGUCACUCCCUCAGAAGUGAGCAAAGGGAGAAGAUUCGGAGUAUUUGACCUAUGGAGUUGCCAGUGUGCAAUCCUCUGAGGAGUGGAAGCAUACCUUGCCAUUAGUGACAAAAGGCUCACGUUAGCCAUUAGCAAGCUGAAGUGUGAGCAUACAGAUGAGUGUGUUUGCAAAAAAGUGUGCACAUACAUGUGCACCCAUGAGUGUGUGAACUUGUUUGUAUAUAUGAAUGUGUACUGUGUAUAUAUGAGUACGUUGAUUUGUGUAAAUACACAUGGGUUGUGCACAGUCUCACAACUAUGAGUAUUCCUUCGUGUGUGUGUGUGUGUGUGUGUGUGUGUGUGUGUGUGUGUGCACAUGAAUGAGUCAGUCUGCCUGUGAAUCUGUACUCAUGGAUGAAUCAAUGUGGUAUAUGCAUACACAGAGGUGUAUACAUAUGGAGGUGAAUAGUGUGUUGGCCUGUGGAGCCUGUGUGAAGGGGUAGCUUUCUAAAUGUGUCCUCCAGGAAUCUUGCUGGCAGAGAAGCAUCACUUUUCUCCUGUAAUUAAAUGCAAUAAUAUGUUUUGUC